UAGGGUGCUUAAGUGGCACCUGAAAGCAAAUACUACUGGAUAGCUGGCUCGUAGCUGGCUUGCUCUUCCUUACUAUAUACAAACUUUUCCCUCAUUGCCUCUCCUCUCUCUCUCUCUCUCAUUUGCUAUGCCUUGUGUGCUUCUCUCUCUAGCAGGGGAUUGUUAGUUCAAGUUAUAUACAAGGGAGGAUUGAAGAAAUUAAACUUGAGAUAAAUAGUUCGCCGGCCAGAGAGGAGAAUCGCCGGCGACGAUAUGAGCGCGUCCAGAUUUAUAAAGUGCGUCACCGUCGGAGAUGGAGCUGUGGGUAAAACUUGCUUGCUCAUUUCCUACACCAGCAACACCUUCCCCACUGAUUAUGUCCCGACAGUGUUCGACAAUUUCAGUGCCAAUGUUGUAGUGGAUGGGAGCACUGUUAAUCUUGGAUUGUGGGAUACUGCAGGCCAGGAAGAUUAUAAUAGAUUGAGACCACUGAGCUACCGUGGCGCUGAUGUCUUUAUCCUUGCAUUCUCUCUUAUUAGCAAGGCUAGUUAUGAGAAUGUCUCCAAGAAGUGGAUUCCUGAAUUGAGGCAUUAUGCUCCUGGAGUCCCAAUAAUUCUUGUGGGGACAAAGCUCGAUCUCCGAGAGGACAAACAGUUCUUUGUAGACCACCCAGGAGCAGUGCCCAUCACAACAGCACAGGGAGAGGACUUGAAGAGGGUGAUUGGGGCAGCAGCUUACAUUGAAUGUAGUGCAAAGACGCAACAGAAUGUGAAGGCUGUCUUUGAUGCAGCAAUAAAGGUUGUUCUGCAGCCGCCCAAGCAAAAGAAGAAAAAGAAGAGAAAGGGUCAAAAGGCCUGCAGCAUAUUGUGAUUGACAAGAGGAACGCCAAGGAGAGGAAACAGUCUUGAUGAUCGCUUAUGGUGUUACUCUUAUAUAUCUUUCUAAAUAUACUCUCUCUCUCCGCCUUGAGGACUGAGAUAUAUUCUUGACUGACUGUACUAUAGGGAGGGAGGUCUCUUGAAGCAUCAAAAUAGUGGUUUCCCUCCCAUUCUCAGCAAUAGUUCAUCAUGUAUGUCCUUGAUUGAGAUGUGUGGCCAAGAUUGAAGGGAUUUGUGGUUGUGUAAGAUGUGUAUUAUACCUAAAGAAGUUCUCUUUUAUCAACAACAAUCACAUUGAUAUUUAAUAACACCGAGUUAGGUUACUACUGAAAGAAGGGAAGCCUUAAUUA